AACGCGAUUGGUACUCGAUCAAGCCAAGAGCGGAGUGAAAAAAAAAUAAGAAAAACAAAACAUACCCGUACAGCUAAAAGGCACUGAGACCAAAUCUAAAUUAUUCCGUUGCCAAGUAGCUGAAGUUAAGACUGACAAAUAUUUAUGAAACCAAAAUCACCACACACCACGAGUGCAAAGAACUAAUUUAAGAACCGGAUUUGCCAAGAUCACGCACCAACAACAACUAGAACCAACCAAAACGAAGCCAAAAAUGUUUCAAAUGUUAUAACCAAAAGAAAAAAAAUCUGUUUGCACAAUUAUUUAAUCAUACCAAAGAAACCAAAGCAACAAAUUUUAACCAAAGGCUGCUACUAAAUUGAGUUCAACAAAGCAAAAAGUGCAAUAACGAUUUUGUUGUAUUGAUCUUACCAAAAAGUAUUGUUGAAAAGAUAAGCAAGAAAAGGGAAUACGAGAAACCCGUUCCCACGAGAAAACCUUUUCAAAGUGCCAUUGUCCUACCUCCAUGCGAACACAGAGUCCUUGAUCUUUUGUGUGAUCUCUUCUGGCCCUCAUUUCGUGCGGGUGCAUUGGGUCCAGCAGCAACGGUCCAUCUAUCAAGGAUUACGAAUUUUGACAGCCGUGCCCCCAUAAAUUUCUGCUAACCAACCAUUUCUGGGCUAAUUAAAUUCGGGGCACGUUUAUUAAUCCGCCACCCGUGUGCUCCUUGCCUUGACUUGAGUAUCCAUUUCACACGGCUGUUCAUGUUAUUAUGAAGUUGGAACAGAAGCGCAAAUUCAUUGAAAUGGACCCCGAACUCGGUUUUGAGCCUCCAUCGGCCAAGCGCCAGCAGCGAUUGCCCGCUCUGUACGGUAGCGACCAGAGCAACCUCUCGUCGGUGGCCUCCUCGGUGUACACCUCACCAGUGGUCUCGGCCGAUGGCCAGAGCACCCAGGAGCUGCUCAGCAUACGCAGCUCUCCGGCCGAGGAGCUGUCGGAGGCGCCACACAGUCCGCUGCCGGACAGCCCGGACAGUCCGCCGAGUCCCGAUCGCGGUGCCAAGCUGGCGCCCGUCGUGGUUCGCUAUGGUAAGGAGGAGGUGGUGACCACCACCACCACCACCACCACAGUGGUCACCCAAAAGCCAGAUGACGAUGACCUUUUGGAGGACAGCUGCGAGGACUUCUCAUACGACGAGGACGAGGAGGAUGACGUUGAGGAGGAGGACGACGACGAGGAGAUCUACUCGUCUACCAUUUCGCCCGCCUCCUCGGGCUGCAGCCAGCAGCAGGCGGUGAAUGGAGAGCGCACACCCGGCCUGCAACAGCCCCAGCAGCAGCUCCAGCUUCCGGUCGGCGACUUUUUGAUCCACUUACAGGGGCCCAACAAGAUUCUGGACGACACGGCGGCCUUUAGCUGCAUGUCUCCGGCGGUGGAGAACGGCCUGCGCAUGUGCCCUCUGCCUGCUCUGGCCUGGGCCAAUGCUGCCGAUGUCUGGCGCCUGAUGUGCCACCGGGAUGAGCAGGACUCGCGGCUGCGCAGCAUCUCCAUGCUGGAACAACAUCCCGGCCUGCAGCCCCGCAUGCGCGCCAUCCUCUUGGACUGGUUGAUCGAAGUCUGUGAGGUGUACAAGUUGCACCGGGAGACCUUUUACCUGGCCGUCGACUACCUGGAUCGUUACUUGCACGUGGCGCGCAAGGUGCAAAAGACCCAUUUGCAGUUGAUCGGCAUCACCUGUUUGUUCGUGGCCGCCAAGGUGGAGGAGAUCUAUCCCCCGAAGAUCGGGGAGUUCGCCUACGUGACGGAUGGCGCCUGCACCGAGCGGGACAUCCUCAACCACGAGAAGAUCCUGCUGCAGGCGCUCGACUGGGACAUCAGCCCCAUUACCAUUACCGGCUGGCUGGGCGUCUACAUGCAGCUGAACGUGAACAACCGCACUCCAGCCUCGUUCUCGCAGAUUGGAAGGCAAAAGGCUGCGGAGGCGGACGAUGCCUUUAUCUACCCGCAGUUCUCUGGCUUUGAGUUUGUCCAGACCUCGCAGCUGCUGGAUCUGUGCACCCUGGACGUGGGCAUGGCCAACUACUCCUACUCGGUGCUGGCAGCGGCCGCCAUCAGUCAUACCUUUAGUCGAGAGGCGGCUUUGCGUUGCUCUGGCCUAGACUGGCAGGUGAUUCAGCCCUGCGCCCGCUGGAUGGAGCCCUUCUUCCGGGUGAUCUCUCAGAAGGCCGCCUUCCUGCAGCUAAACGAGCAGAACGAGCAGGUCAGCAACAAGUUCGGCCUGGGCCACAUCUGCCCCAAUAUUGUCACCGACGACUCGCACAUCAUCCAAACGCACACCACCACCAUGGAUAUGUAUGACGAAGUGCUAAUGGCCCAGGAUGCGGCGCAUGCGAUGCGUGCUAGGAUUCAGGCCUCUCCGGCCACCGCGCUGCGCGCCCCCGAGAGUCUGCUGACGCCUCCCGCCUCUAGUCACAAGCCGGACGAGUAUCUGGGCGAUGAGGGCGAUGAGACGGCGGCCAGAAGUGGCAUCUCCUCCACAACCACCUGCUCCGCCACGACCAGCAGCAGCAACAGCCUCAUGAGCAGCAGCAGCAACAAUCCUGCGACCAGCUGCAGCAGUAGGAGCAAUCGCUGAGAGAUUGGCCGCCCUGCUCUUGGUCACGCAUUCUCUCACAAUCACCACACCCGCCCAAACAGUCUCUACGUUAAGUGUUUCUUAUAUUUAAAUUAUUUUUGUUAAGUGAAAAGUUAUUAGUUGCCUAAUUCCUAUGCUAAACACAUAUUUAAUUUGAAAUUUUCCACGCGCUUUUGUUUCUUAACCCGCGGUAUAUAUUCAUUUUCCUCGCUCAAUUUAAUAUUUAACUUUGUGUAUUUAUAGAAAUCAGAAAUAUAAUUUUAAAUGUACACUAUCUAUAAAGCACACAAACCCUACAUAUAUUAUACACAUAGAGUAUAGCAGACAAGGCAAAACUGAAUUAACCAUUAGACUAAUACCUGUUGAAAGGGAGCAAAACAAAGUCCAGCUGAAAGUUGUGCUAUGGUCACAAACUUCGCUGGCGCCUCAAAAAUGAAACAUACAAAGCUAGGUUUGCAAUCAAACAUGUCCAGCUGUCAACCAGUCAGUCAAUCAUUCAAUAUCAAUCACCGAGAGCAGAACUAACAAAACUAAAAUUGACGGAGGCCCACAGCAGAAUACUUGACUAACCAACUAAAAUUAGCGUUUAAGUUGAGGGAAUCUAACUAAAUCCACUAAUGCUGAACACUGCAUUUCAUUCGACAAUUAAUCCUACUAACAAUGAAUCAACAAACACAAGACAAGUCCAUAGCUGACAUGGAGUGACAAAGAAAAUGGCAAUUGAAGAAAAUAUGAGUUAAAUACAUGAAUUGAACAGACUAUAUAAACACAAGUGCAUGUAUGAAUAUAUACGUCAAUGUAACAUUUUUUUAUUUUAGACUAAUUUGCCAUAAUUUGCUAAGCAAAUAAAUCCUGUACAUAAAGCAAAACACACACAAAACGCACAAAAACAACGAUGAACCGUAACUGAAACGCAUAUAAUAUAUUAUUAUAUAAGUGUACAACUCUAUAUAUGGCUUACACAAUUUUAUGUACAUUCAAAAGGCAAAACGCAAGGUAGAAAAAUAUUAUUAUUCGUUAGUUUAGGCAUAAAUAACAUGUAAGUGUUCAUAAGAUUAAGGCUGGAAUUAAAACAGAAAACAAACAAAAACAACCACUAAACGAAAAGCAAACAAAAAAAUCUAA